AUGAAGUAUUGUAAACCAAUUGAUAGGCAGCUUCAUGUGGUGAUGUUCCCUUGGUUUGCACAAGGCCAUAUAACACCCUUUCUAGACCUAGCCAAGAGCCUCCUCACUUCUGGACUUAGAAUUUCAUUCGUCUCAACUCCGGUUAACAUUGAAUGGAUUAAAAAGAAGAUAGUGCCUGGAAUUGAGCUAGUGGAGCUCCAACUGCCAUCUAUGGAGGGUCUGCCUGGGAGUGUUGAGUCCACGACAGGUUUAUCCGAGAUAGGAAGAACAGACUUAGUGCCGCUUCUCUUCCAAGCGAUAGAUCUUUGUGAGCUACCCUUUGGAGCGUUGUUGAAACUCCUUUCCUUAGAUUUUAUCAUAUUUGAUGCGGCACUAUGGUGGACUCCUUGGGUUGCUGACAAAAUGGGUAUUCCCACAAUAAAUUUCAUGGUAGUUGACAUGGUGGCCAUGAGUUUCGCAAUAGGACAGUAUAGGCAACGACUGCCCGAUAUCCCAACCGCCGAGGAUCUGACUAUACCACUACCCAGAUUCCCUCCAUUGGUCAUCCACUUGCGAACCUUUGAAGCCUGGAAGGAAAGAAGCACCGGGCAGUUCAUGUUUCCCAUUGGGAUUUCCAUGCAUAGCCUGCCUCCUUGGCCUGAUGCAAACCGUUGCUUGGCCUGGCUGGACAAGCAACCCACUCGUUCUGUCGUGUUUGCGUGCUUCGACAGUGAAUGCCCUCUCACCGCCCAAGAUCUCGCUGCUCUCCUGUUGGGGUUGGAGGAAAGUGAAAUUUCAUUCCUGUUAUUUCUUUUUCGCCAUGCAAGGGUUGAGUUGCACAGAGUGUCUGAGGAUUGCACCCAUGGUAGAGGACUCAUGGUUACAAACUGGGCACCUCAAUUGCACAUUUUAAACCAUCCUUCCACUGGAGCUUUCUUUUCACAUUGUUGGUGGAAUUCUGUGACAAAAGGCCUGAGGUUUGGAAUGCCUAUUGUUGCUAUUCCAAUCCAGUUCGACCAGCCUUUAUUUGCUCGGCUAAUUGUUCACGAAUUGAAGAUGGGAGUGGAGGUUAAAAGAAACAAAGAGGAUGGUUCUUUCACUAAGGAGGACGUAGCUAAAGCUGUCAUAGCUGUGAUGGUUGAUUGUUCAAGAAGUUAUAAUGGAUAG